GAGACAAGGACCGGUAGUUCAUGCUAAUCCAAAAUCAAGGCGAGUAAAUUCUAAGCUAAAUACAGUGAUGGAUUAUGAAUCGACGACAAUGGAUGACGACGAGCCACUUCUUGGGAAGAUAAAAGCCAAAACCCAAAAGCGAAGCAGCUGCUCUUUCGAAAGAGACGUACGGAACUUGUUUGCAGCGACGAAUCGAGCAAGACAAUCACCAACUUCACUGAUGAAGAUUAAGUUCCUGCUCGCUCAGUUUCUUUGAACAAUCAAUCCAACAAUUUUCACUUGAAUCCUUACAGUUUAAGUCAUGGAGAAGAAUCGGAGCGGAGAAAGAGGAGCGAUGGCGUUUUCGUCCUCGGCGGAUAGCAAUAUGAGGGCUCGUCUGAGUAACACCACUAGCACCGGCAACAGAGCUGCCGCACUUGUGCAAUACAAUGCCGAUGCUGGAAUUAUGAGCAAGUUUGAGCAAUCGGAUGCCUCUGGUGAGUCUUUUAAUUAUUCGAGGUCAGUUCUUGAAGCUAAUGAAUCUGUUCCCGAAGAACAAAUUGCUGCUUAUCUGUCUAGGAUUCAGAGGGGUGGGCUGGUUCAAUCGUUUGGUUGUUUGCUUGCGAUUGAUGAGUCUAGUUUUAAGAUUAUUAGCUAUAGUGAGAACUGUUUUGAAAUUUUGGGGUUACAUGAUGAAUUUGAGUCGGCACAGGGGAAGGGAUUGAUUGGGGUUGAUAUGAGAGCUCUGUUUACGCCUUCCUCCGGUGCUUCUUUGGCUAAAGCAGCUUCUUUCAGGGAGAUUUCGUUGUUGAAUCCGGUUUGGGUCUAUUCUAGGACUACUCAGAAGCCAUUUUAUGCUAUAUUGCAUAGGAUUGAUGUGGGGAUUGUGAUUGAUUUAGAGCCUACACGAUCUUUUGAUCCUGCAUUGUCGCUUGCUGGCACGGUUCAGUCGCAGAAACUAGCGGUUCGGGCGAUUUCUAGGCUGCAGGCUCUACCUGGUGGUGAUAUAGGUGUUCUAUGUGACACGGUUGUGGAAGAUGUGCAGAAGCUUACAGGGUAUGAUAGAGUGAUGGUGUAUAAGUUCCAUGAUGAUGAACAUGGUGAAGUAGUGUCAGAAAUCAGAAGGUCUGACUUAGAGCCAUAUCUUGGUUUGCAUUAUCCUGCCAUUGAUAUACCUCAAGCUGCUCGGUUUUUGUUCAAGCAAAACCGCAUCAGGAUGAUUUGUGAUUGCCACGCGAAGCCUGUGCAGGUCAUUCAAAGUGAUGAGCUAAAGCAGCCUCUUUGUUUGGUUAAUUCAACACUUCGAUCGCCCCAUAGCUGUCAUUUGCAGUACAUGUCGAAUAUGGGUUCCUUAGCCUCGUUAGCGAUGGCUGUAGUCAUGAAUAGUGAUGACUCGCCAACACGGUUAUGGGGCUUGGUAGUGUGCCACCAUACUUCUCCGCGAUAUGUCCCUUUCCCACUUCGUUAUGCUUGUGAGCUUCUCAUCCAGGCAUUUGGGCUGCAGCUUUACAUGGAGCUUCAAUUGUCAUUACAAUUAACAGAGAAAAAGGUUCUCAAGACACAAACAUUCCUCUGCGACAUGCUUCUUCGAGGCUCCCCAUGUGCAUUGCUGAUGCAGUCUCCUAGUAUAAUGGAUCUUGUGAAGUGUGAGGGUGCAGCAUUGUAUUAUAAUGGGGCAUGUUGUUUACUUGGUAUAACUCCGACUGAAGCACAAGUCAAAGAUCUUGUAGAAUGGGUACUUACUAACCAUGGGGAUUCUACGGGACUGAGCACGGAUAGUUUGGCUGAUGCUGGCUACCCCGAAGCUGCUUCUCUAGGUGAUGCAGUGUGUGGUAUGGCAGCUGCAAGAAUUAGUUCCAAGGAUUUCUUAUUCUGGUUCAGGUCUCAGGCAGCAAAGGAAAUCCAAUGGGGAGGAGCCAAGCAUCAUCCGGAUAUUAAGGACGAUGGUGGAAAACUGCACCCAAGAUCAUCAUUUAAAGCGUUUCUUGAAGUUGCGAAGAGUAGAAGUUUACCUUGGGAAGUUCAAGAAAUAAAUGCCAUUCACUCGUUGCAGCUUAUUAUGAGGGAGUCUUUUUCUAACACUAGGGACAGUGAUUCAAAGGUAGAAGCUUCUGCCCAGCCGAGUGACACUGUAAUCCAGGAUAUCGACGAACUCAGUUCAGCAGCUUGCGAAAUGGUGAGGUUGAUUGAAACAGCAACUGUUCCAAUUUUUGGGGUUGAUUCAACUGGUGUGAUCAAUGGAUGGAAUGCUAAAAUUUCUGAACUCGUAGGAUUACAAACUAGUGAAGCUUUGGGCAAAUCUCUGGUUAAUGAAAUUGUUCAUGAAGAUUCACGUGGAACUGUUGGAGAUUUACUUUCCCAUGCUCUUCAAGGUAAGGAAGACAACAAUGUGGAGUUAAAACUGAGAAGUUUUCGAUCUGAUAAAGAAAAGUCUACCAUUUAUAUUGUCGUUAAUGCUUGCACAAGUAGGGAUUACACAAACAAAAUUGUCGGGGUUUGCUUUGUCGGGAAAGAUGUUACGCCCGAGAAAGGUGUGAUGGAUAAAUUUAUACGUCUGCAGGGAGAUUAUAAGGCUAUUAUUGAAAGUUUGAGUCCAUUGAUCCCACCGAUAUUUGCUUCGGACGUGAACGGUUACUGCUGUGAAUGGACUGCAGCCAUGGAAAAGCUUUCUGGUUGGAGAAAAGAUGAAGUUAUAGGAAAAAUGCUAGCUGGGGAGAUCUUUGGAAAUUUUUGUAGGUUGAAAGGUCUAGAUACGCUCACUAGUUUUAUGAUCCUUUUAUAUCAAGGUAUCGACGGUCAAGAAACCGAGAAGUUUCCGUUAGGAUUUUUCAAUAAGGAUGGGAACUAUGAGGAGGUUCUUUUAACAUCAAACAAAAGAACUGAUGCAGAAGGUAACAUCAUUGGUUGUAUCUGCUUCCUGCAAAUUGUUCAGCCCAACUUGCAUGGGGUCUCUGAAGGACUUGGUGUGGGCGACAGAGAGGGAAAUCUGCAGCUUAAGGAGUUGACUUACAUAAAGCAGGAGAUGAAAAAUCCUUUAAAUGGCAUUAGAUUUACUCAUGAACUUCUUGUAAAUUCAGGCAUUACAGAAAACCAGAAGCUCUUUCUCGAUACCAGUGGCGCAUGCGAGAGACAAAUCAUGACGAUCAUAGAGGAUAUGGACUUCAGAAGUUUAGAAGGAGGCCAAGUAGAGAUAAACAGAGAAGAAUUUAUCCUCGGGAGUGUGCUGGACGCCAUUAUCUGUCAAAUCAUGACUGUUGUCAGAGAGAAGAACAUACAACUUUUUCAUGAGAUUCCAGAAGAAAUCAAAGUGUUAAAUCUUUGUGGCGAUCAUAUUAAGCUUCAGUUGGUUUUGUCAGAUUUCUUGCUUAAUGUCGUGCAGUACGCGCCUGUUCCGGAUGGUUGGGUUGAAAUCAAAAUUUCAUCUGGUUUGAAGCUCAUACAAGAUGGAAAUGAACAUAUUCACUUGCAGAUCAGAAUGUCUCAUCCAGGUCAAGGUCUGCCUCCUGAACUAAUCCAAGAUAUGGUUGGAGGAGGUCAGCAAUGGACUUCAAAGCAAGGCCUUGCUCUAAACCUGUCACGUAGACUUCUCAAUAAGUUGAGCGGUAACAUACGCUACGUUAGAGAGCAAACUAAAUGCUACUUCAUCAUCGACCUCGAGCUCAAAUUAAGGCGCUCGAGAGGGUCGAUGGAAGCUACUACAAGCCAAGGGACAUGAGCUUCUAUUUUCAGGUGGAUGCACGCUUCUACAACUCAUAUCAGGAACGUUGUUAUGGAAGAUGCACAGAUUCCAAGUCUGGACAACGCCGAGCCCCAACACAUAACAUGUCCCCGGAUACGUGAAAGCGUAUAAUGAGUCCAUUUUUCGGUUGCUCGCCCGUUACGAUGCCGAGAGUCUCUUGGUAAUGUUCGAUGGUCGAAUUCGACGUGAAAUUGUAUGUAAGGUUUGUAAAUGACAAAUCUGGAUGUUAUAGGUUGUGUAGCUCAGUCUGUAUUUGAGGUUGGCUCUGCUGGUGCAUGUUUCAUCAAUGUAUAUCAAACAUAGGGUUUUGUUUUGGUCUGUUUUGGACAUGAAUACCAUACAUUGUAAUAUUUUAGCUCUGUGAUUAUUGUGACACAAAAA